AUGUCACCAUUAAAAUAUCUUGAGAUUGCAGCACUAAUUCCUGUAUGCCUUUUUCCUCCCUGUCUUCAGAUCAACGCUGAAUUCAGACGGAUCACAACAAUAGCCUUACAAUCCCGAUUUCUCUCUCAGUUGGACAUUUUGUCUGACAGCCUUGUGAAGCUUUUCAAGAAAAGAACUGGCCAGAUCGGCACUCAUCUUAAGACUGUUAUGUCACCAAUUACUCAGGAUGUUGAUGCCGCUGAUGCUGACCAUGUUGAUGUUGUCCGGGAAUGCCUGCUUAAAGGGUUGUGCAUCUACCUCAACGAGGACCCAAGCAACCUCAUUCGAGAACUUGUGGAAGAUGAUGAUGGCCGGAUUCAGAGAGCAGUGGAAGAAACAACACUGGGGAUUCUGGUUGUGAAGCGCUGCCCCUCAGAGCAUCCUGACAUAGUGAUCAUCCUAGAGGGACAACAGGUACUGGGGGAACUGGACAAUGUGCCUUUAGCAGCAGCUCUGAUAUUUGGGCUGAUGUAUGCUCUGAAUCUCGAUUACCCAGCAGAGCUCAAAUAUACAUUUGAGGUUCUGCAAAAGAUCAUCAUGGAGUUAGAGGGCACCACCAUGUCAAAGAAAUGCCAGGCCCUGCAAAACAAACUCCGUGAUUAAAGGGUCUUUCCUCCGAUAUCAAUCCAAUUGCUGGGCUGGACGCUGCUGAAAUGUAUGCAGAGUGCAGACUUUCCAACCCAGAUUUCUAUUCACGUUCUGUAUUCGGCAAUGAAGGCCAUCUCACUGGCUUGUAUUUUCAGUCAGUGUGAGUUCACUGCCAAAGUUCAAAUGACUUGCAAUGUUGAAGGGGCUUUGAAUUUUGAAAUGCACAGAAUGUCUACUUUGCCCAAGACCAUUGUUUUUAUUUCUAAUUGGGAAAUAAUUUUUUCA